GGCCGCGCCGUGUGACAACUCGAGCACGGCGGCAUGUGCACUGGUAGGUAAGGCAGCGUCCAGCGGAGUGCCCUUAUUUGUGAGGCAUGCUGGCCCUGGAAAGCCGAGCAAUGGCAACCCUCCGAUCCGGCAAGCAGGUUGGCGGCAGCGAUGGCGGUGGCAGCGGCAGCGGUGGUGAGGUGGACGGCAGGGACAGAGGGGCAGUACAGGCUGCGGACAUCAAAGAGAAGAGGAACGCGCGGACAAGCAAGGUGGUAUUCGGCAGUCUGAUCCUGGACCUGCUCGGCUUCACAGUGGUGGUGCCUCUGUCUUCUGCUCUCCUCGACUGUUACUCCAAGCACGACUCCAGCGGCUUGUAUUCCUCUCUGCUCUCCUGUGUUACUUAUUACCAGCAUAUCAUCAGCGUUCCUGCGAGGUUCCACUCUGUCUUGUUUUGGUGGUAUGCACUGAUUGGCGUGACAUUCAGCAUAGGCUUCACCAUCGGGCACACUGUGGGGGCUGCGUUCUCCCGCUGGGGAAGUACUGUGUGGUUCGCGGCCUCGGCUGUCUAUGCACGCACUCUCACUGUGGCUAACAUAAUAUUCUUUGCUGUCUUCUUCCAGGAAUCGCUGCCUGAGGGCAGAAGGAGGAGGGACAUCGGUGCCAGUUUGACCAAGGCUUGGGAGGUGAUCAAUCCUAGGGCUCUGUUCUCCGUCAGCUGUGUCAAGGGCCUGGGCAGAGAAGCUUAUGGCAAAGUCUUUCUGGUGCGGAAGGUAUCGGGGAAGGAUGCAGGGAAGUUGUAUGCCAUGAAGGUUCUGAAGAAAGCGACCAUCGUACAGAAGAAGAAGACAACUGAGCACACCAAGACAGAGAGGCAGGUGUUAGAGGCAGUGCAGCAGAGUCCCUUCCUGGUCACCCUUCACUAUGCCUUCCAAACUGAUGCUAAACUCCACCUUAUCCUUGACUAUGUCAGCGGAGGAGAACUGUUCACUCACCUUUACCAGCGAGAAAGGUUCCAUGAGGAUGAAGUCCGUCUCUACAUUGGUGAAGUCAUCCUUGCCCUUGAGCAUCUGCACAAACUUGGUAUCAUCUAUCGAGACAUCAAGCUUGAAAACAUCCUCCUGGACUUGGAU